UGCCCCCUCUUCUCCAGAAAACGACCUCAAUGACCCUCAUGUUCGGAUUCUACAAUCUCCUGCUACAAAAACUGGACAAAUUAAGCCAAGGACGACACCACAUGGCCAAUCAGGCACUGGCAGCCUCAUCGGCCGGACUGAUUGAGUCGAUUCUGUGCCCGUUCGAACGAAUCCAAGUACUCCUACAAGACCGGGCCAACCACAGUCGGCUGAGGAACACCCUCCACACUGCCCUCGUCCUUCGGCGAUUUGGUGUGAAAGAGUAUUUCCGUGGGUGGACCAGCAUUGCAGCUAGAAAUUCUCUCGGAAAUGUGAUUUACUUCACGUUCACAGGCCGUGGUGGUGUCUCAGUCCAGAAAAGUGUUCCCAGUGGGCUUUUUUACGGAGUGUUGGUUGGGGGGAUUUUGGGCGUGUUGUUCUAUCCGUUCGAUUUAGUUCGGAUCAGAACACAGAAGUUUAUGGGAGGCAGGUUUUAUGGGCCGUUCAGCACGUUUAUAUACGUGUGGAAUAAGCACGCGUUGGCUGUGCAUGGAAUGGGAUGUUUUCUCAACGGGUUGAGGGGUAUGUUGUCGUGGGGAAUGGUGGGGACUGCAUAUGCCUUUAUUGGCAGUCGAAUUUUCCAAUGA